CCCUCCCUCCCUUGCAGGCUGGCUGGAGAAUGAAUAAAAUUGUACAGUAUAUUCUGAUGUGAGAGGUAUUAAAAAAAACCGGGGGAAAGAAAGAAAAGAAUAGAAAGGGGGGAUUUCUCUCUCUGUCUGUCUGUCUGUCUCUCUCUCUGCCUGCUUCUCCAAGCAUCCAGGCAGAGGGAUUUCUUUUGCAUCCCGUGUCAAAAUGGCUACAGCUGUGCACAAGCCUAUCAAAUGCCUGGGCGAGGACUUCUACCGGGAAGCCAUUGAGCACUGCCGCAGCUACAAUGCCCGGCUGUGCGCCGAACGCAGCAUGCGCUUGCCCUUCCUGGACUCGCAGACAGGGGUUGCUCAGAACAAUUGCUACAUCUGGAUGGAGAAGACCCACCGGGGCCCAGGGCUGGCGCCGGGUCAGAUCUACACCUAUCCGGCUCGCUGUUGGCGCAAGAAGCGGCGGCUGAACAUCCUGGAGGAUCCAAGACUCCGGCCUUGUGAAUUCAAGAUCGAUUGCGAACCUCCUCUGAAGAAAGAAGGGGGUCUCCCCGAGGGUCCGGUGUUAGAAGCCUUGCUGUGUGCCGAAACUGGAGACAAGAAGCCAGAGCUGAAGGAGGAAGACUUGAGCUUGGACUGUCCGAAGGCACCCAUCGGUGAGUUCCUGCAUGACUUGGAUGGGGACGACUUGGAAGACGAUGUCCCGCGCCGUAAGAACAAAGCCAAAAGCAAGGCGUAUGGGAUCGGAGGACUGAGGAAGAGGCAGGAUGCUGCCAUGCUGGAGGACCGAGACAAACCCUAUGUUUGUGACAUCUGCGGGAAGCGCUACAAGAACCGCCCGGGACUGAGCUACCACUACACGCACACACACUUGGCCGAGGAGGAGGGCGAGGAGGGUCCUGAGCGCCACACUUUGCCCUUCCAUCGUAAGAACAACCACAAACCUAAGAAAGCUCCGGACGGCACAGUCAUACCAAAUGGUUAUUGUGAUUUCUGUCUAGGCGGCUCCAAGAAGACCGGCUGCCCUGAGGAUCUCAUUUCCUGUGCAGACUGUGGCCGUUCAGGGCAUCCGUCCUGCCUGCAGUUCACCGUGAACAUGACAGCAGCCGUCCGGACUUACCGGUGGCAAUGCAUCGAGUGCAAGAGCUGCAGCCUUUGUGGCACCUCAGAGAACGAUGACCAGCUACUGUUCUGCGAUGACUGCGACCGGGGCUACCACAUGUACUGCCUGAGUCCCCCAAUGGCCGAGCCCCCGGAAGGAAGCUGGAGCUGCCACUUGUGCCUACGGCAGCUGAAGGAGAAGGCUUCUGCCUACAUCACUUUGACCUAGGCUGGUGCCCGCUGCCCCCCACCUUCCUCUGGAUCCUGCUGAGACGGCUGCAAGAUCUUAUCCACGGUGGGACGGGGCUGUCGGAUGUGUGUUUGUUUGAGCUCUAGCCUUGGAACAGUGAUCUUUUGACCUGCCACUUCAGGUUGGCUGGAAUCCCCGUUUCCCCUACUCUUAAGAGGGCAAAGGAAGGGGCCAGAUCCUGGUCUUUUGGCAGGAUAUCCCUCUCUCUUCCCUUCCCUUCGACCCAACUAUGUCGGUGGAGCCUUCCUGCCUUUGCCCACCACUGCCUGCCUGGCUCCUACCCACCCGGUCAACCCCAAGGAGCCAAAUACUCAAAAGCCAUAAAAGCCAGAGAGGGAAGCAGGUACCGAGCUCUCUCUCUCUUGGUUCCUUGCCCCUUCCCUCCAUCUCCUGGCUGGGAAGGGACAGGGUUUUUUUCUCUCUCCUUCUACCAUACCAGAAUGAUGUUGCAUGCAAGAUAUUAAUUUUCUUCCUGGAUUUUUCAGGAGAGAUGGGGUCGGCUGGGAGUCUGGCACCCCACACACAACCUUGUCUCUCAUGGGUUUAAAAAAAUAUUUUGGUUGUUCAUUGCUCUACAAUGUGCGGGGUUUCCUGCCCGCUUCUAUACCUUUUCUUUUAGGUUCCUCUCCAUCAAAUGGAGAGACUGUGGGUGACUUUAACUGAGUCAGGAUGGGGGUGCUAGGCGAUGGAUGGGUUUAGGGAUGCGAUGAUGGCCACCUGAAAGACAUGGAGGCUAGAAGAGGGGACCUCCCAGCUAUUAGACAAGGCAGGAGCUUUUUCUUUUUAAAUGUUGCUGGUUUUUAAAAAAUGUAAAAGGGGGGAAAGAAAACUUGAAAAAAACAGAAAAAGGUGGUCAACGGUAGAAAGCUACCCCCACCCCAGAGGGAGAGUGUGUUGGGUUUUGGGGUCAAGGGGAGAAAUGCUACCAAAGGCUAGCUGGAAAGCACUCCCGCCAAGCCCCCACCUUGUGUACAUGGUGUUGUUUUGUUGCCUGCAUCUUUUAAUGUGCUUGGAUUGUUCUGUGCAUUAAAUGUGGUCUGAAUUACA